CCGGUUCCCUGCAGUUCACGUGGUGAUGCAUUUCUGCGAUUUCAAAAACACUUUUGUAACGAAAAAUGCCUGUGGAUCAAAGACGAAUCAAUGGACCCGAGGUGACAGUGCCCUAUCAACUGUACGUGGAUGCCUCAUCGAAGAGUUUUGAGAAACAAUUAGAUUUAUUGAAGAAGCGAGAGGAUGGACGGGCACACGGUGAAGUCAGGAAGAUGUUCGUCAAGACUGGUGUUAUCAGUCAAGCCAAGGGCUCAACCUACAUCGAAGUAGGCACGACAAAAGUGGUUUGCUCUGUAUUUGAUCCCCGAGAAAUUCCAAACAAAAUGGGCUACAGUCUCCAGGGGAAUCUCUACUGUGAAUUCAAAUUCGCAUCAUUCUCAUGUAGGAAGAGAAAAAUCCAUCAACAAGACUCGGAAGAGAAAGAGUACAGUUUAAUUAUGCAGAGAGCAUUGGAGCCUGCUGUUUGCAGGCAUGAAUUUCCAAACUUCCAAGUGGACAUCUACGCCUUAGUAUUGGAUAACGGUGGCUCCUGUUUACCUGCUGCAAUAACUGCUGCCAGUCUGGCCCUGGCCAACGCUAGCAUUCCAAUGUUUGGACUUGUAGCAGCUGUUUCUGCAGGAAUUUAUUCAGACACAAUAUUCCUCGAUCCAACUACCGAAGAGGAGGCCCUCUGCAGCACAGGUCCACCCCAAACUGAUAAAUCAAAGAAUCAUGGAAUAAUUAUGCAAGCCUGUCUACCCCAACACGAUCAAGUCGCUGAGCUGCACUUCGUUGGAGACAUUGAUGUAUCCUCAAUAGCACCUGUUCUAGAAACUCUAACCACAGCCUCUAAAGACAUUUCCCUCGUCGUACAGCAGAGAUUAGUGAAAUCUGUUAUCAAAACACUGAAAGAGAAAGAAAGAGAAAAGGAAAAUGAAAUAAAAACGGAAAUAAACUAGUUUUUUUAU